AUCAUUUCAGCAAAAUUUCGAAACUUUUCGAAAACACUGACAAACACCUCUCGGAGUCCAUUUUUGUGUUUGUGCUUUUCCCGACAGAUUUUAUCUGAAAAACGAAGGUGUGGACAAAGUGCUGUUAAGCGUUUUCCUUUCGAAGGCUUUAGUAAUUCAAACAGAAGCAGAAAGUGAAGGUUUGAACAUCGAUUUUCUUCAAGCAGGCGAAUCUCCUCACUCCCGUGCUUCUGCCGACGGUGCCCGGAAGCAAUCUGCGUGGUAUGGUUGGCGUGUCAUCGAAAGAUAAACCCUUCCCCAACAUGUCGCGCAGUGUGAGGGCCGAAACGCGGGCCAGCAAGAAAGACGAUGUCAAGAAGUUCAUGCUUUCGAUGGAUCGGGUUCGUCGCUGGGAGAAAAAGUGGGUCACAAUCGGCGAAACUUCGAUGAAGAUCUUCAAGUGGGUUCCGAUAUCCAGCAAGGACAACAAAAAGGGAGGCUUGCUCAAGGGUUCCGGCACGGCGGCGGUCAGCGGCGGUGGGGGUUUGCUCGCUAAUGGAAAUUCGACGGUCAGCAGCAAUGCCGUCUCGGUCAACAGCAAUAGUAACAGUAACAGUAGUGAAAAUAAGGAAAACACUCGAAAACAGGGGACAGAUUCGAAUUCCAAUUCAAAUUUUGCGCUGACAACCGAAGAUUCCAACACCUGCUUCUCCCUGGUAAGUGACUCUCAAGGGGCCACAGAGUUCGUCUCGAAUAUGCCAUUCUCUGAGGAUUCUAAUUCACAAGGAUCGGACAGUGCUCCGAAGCGACUGAAAACUGACUAGACUGGAGAAGGAAGUCUUCCGCACAUGGUCCGAUCCGAGACAUGAGGAGGUGAGCCGGUCUUGCACCCAUUCCCGUUAUGUACGAGCACUUGCGUUGUAACCAGCAUAUUACUCUUCGUUUCUUUUGAUUCAGCGGUGGAAGAUCAGUAAUGAAUGUUGAACAUGUGCGACACUCAUCUGUAAUGGUGAAGAGAUUUGAUUUGUACAAAAAAACACUUAUUUAGAAGAUGUACACAGUUUAAAAUCUAGUAAUUAGUUUAAAGUACUUUCAUUAUAUUUAGAUCCAAUUGUGAAUCGUUAUAGCACGAGUAAGUAAAUGCUCGGGGAUUUACAGUUUUUCUGAAGGAUAGUUCUAAGAAUGUCAUCAGUUGAUGGCUACAUUCAGGCCGUUUGAAAACAUCUAGAUAUACCUAAGCAUUAUUUAUUUAGCCUGGACUUUCUCUUUUGCCAAAUAACAACAUUGUGUGAACCAAAA